AUGGAUUUUAAAGAUUAAAGUGUGGGUAUAUGUUAUUGCUGCAUUUUCUUAACUUUUAAACAUUACUUUUACUUAAUGAUGAUAACAAAUGCCAUAUAAGGACUUAUUUUAAUGAUAAUAGGAUUUUUAGGGGUUUUGAACUUAAUUGAAUUGUUUAAUUUUUCAUUACCCAUUACAAUUACGUUAUUAAGUUUAGGUAUUUACAUAAAGAGAAUUUAGGUAGUUUUCUAAUCUUAGGACUGAUAGCAGAAAUAUUUUUUUUUUUUCGACAUUCAGUCAUAAAAAUAGGACGAUUUAUGGUUGUUUUAAACAUUUUGACUUCUUUAUUUGAUCUUAUAUUAGGAGUGAUCUUAUUGUUAAUAUGUUUUUUCGGUGUUGUUUUAAUUGAAUUGAAUGAUACAUAGUUAUAUUUUAGUUAAAAAAGAAGAGACAUAUUAAAAGUUAUUUCAAUAGUAAUUAUAUUUAUAUCUUUUUUUGGAUUCUGGAUGACUUAUCUUUAAUAUCAAUUACUUUUACCUUUACAUGAAUAAAUACAAUAAGAUAUUAAAAUUGUUCCUGUUGUCUCUUUGAGAUAAGCAGUGACUCGAAAGUUUUCUAAAAAUUUUAUUGCGGAACUUACUCCAAAUAAUAAACAAUAAAAGAGAAUAGCUAGAGCAGAUACAAUAUCGGAACAAUCAUAACCUUUGCAAAGUAUAUAAGUAUUAAAUAUCUUGAUUAAAGCUUAAAUCAUAAAAGAAUGAUGAAAUGCCAGAACUUUAUUUAAAUUAAAAAAGUGAAAAACUGAUUAAAAUUCCUGAUAGCGUUAGUCCCUAUAAUGAAUACUUUGCUCCAUCUACUAAUACAAUAAGAUAUUCUAAUUAAAUAGAAGAUAUAUAAAAUUUGAGAAAAUAAAGAACACCAAGAUCAACGUAUUUAAAAUAAUAAAGUUGA